AAUUGGCUGGCUUUCCCGGUGAGCACAGCUGAUACACAGAGCCAAGUGGUUUUAUCAGAGAAAGAGCCAGGACCACAGUGGGAAGAGAUAGAAAGGAGAGGCAGAAAUAAAGGCAAGAUUCACUGUGUGUGUAUGUAGCAGCCAGUAAUUACCUUUUCGUGUGCAAACCCAGACAGAGAUACAGAGAAAGGAAGUCCAUUUAGAUUCUCAAUCUAUUCCCGGGCAACGAGGUAGCCUGUGUUUAUUGAAUCAGAGUCAGACUGAAGGAGCUGAAGUGUUUUCUUUGGAGCGGCACAGCUCAUCCUUCCUUAUAUUUGCUGAGACGUGCUGAGUGAAAACAGACAGGCAAGAUGAACCACAGCUCAGCUGAGGCAGAGGCUGAAACUAUAGAACCACUGCGUUACCUCAGUAAAGGGGAAGUGGCAGCUAUUGAAACAGAACUACUGAAAGAAUACAGAUUUGGACAACAACAGCUGAUAGAGCUCUGGGGACAAGCAUGCGCCCUUGCCAUCACUAAGGCCUACCCUCUGAGCUCUCUAGCAAAGAAGCAGCCAACAGUACUGGUGAUUUGUGGUCCAGAUCAAAAUGGCUCCAUUGGUUUGGUGUGUGCCCGACACCUACGCAUAUUUGAAUAUGAGCCCACCAUCUACUAUCCUAAACGCUCCUCUCACAGUCUACACCAGGAUUUCACAGUUCAAUGUGAGAAGAUGGACAUCCCUUUCCUCUCCUAUCUCCCCACAGAGGUGCAGCUCAUAAAUGAUGCCUACAACAUAGUGAUUGAUGCCAUGCUGGGCCCUGAGGCAGAUGGCACCAGCAUUAAGGAGCCUUACUCCUGUAUUCUGGUCACUCUUAAGCAAGUCAGGAUCCCCAUUGCCAGUGUGGAUAUCCCCUCAGGUUGGGAUGUAGAAGAACCAAGUCAGGACGGGAUAAACCCAGAAGUUCUCAUCUCACUUACAGCACCAAAGAAGUGUGCCAUGGGUUUCUCAGGGAAGCAUUUUUUGGCCGGACGCUUCCUCCCUUAUGACAUCCAGAAAAAAUAUGAGCUUAACCCCCCAAACUACCAGGGCACAGACAGUCUCAUAGAAUUGUAACACAUGGAGCACAUAUGGUUAAUCUAUUCUUUUUGUUUGUUUUAUAGACUGUUGAUGUCAUUUAAUGUUAUCUCAGUUGUGUAGAACAGGCUACAUCUUAGCAAAUGUACUGUUAAGCUACAGUAGAAGGAUCAUAUUUAGAAACUGUGGUUUAGGGAAUGGCGUGAUGAAUUUUUGUGCAAAUCUACGUGAGAAAGUUGUAGCAUUAUGCUGUUUUCUUUGCAAAAGACAAAUGUCGUUUUGCACAGUCAGUCAAAAAAAAAAAGAAUUUUCCUCCAAUCAUAGUUUUUUCCCCUCAAAAUUUUAAUUGUUCAUUUUCUGAUACUCAAAUGUUUUGAUAUUUAUUUUAAUUCUGAAGUGCACUAUUGAGACGAGUUGGUGUAGGUUGGCAAUAUAAACUGUUUGUUUUUUUGGUUGUUUCGCCAGCCUGCAUUUCUGCAUUACUUUUCCUGUGGGUACCUCACUAGUUGUUACAAAAGGCCCAGACAGUUCUUGUUGUCUAAUAAAACAGUCCCAGUUAAGGGAAAAUACAAUUUCUGGCUUUAUGUUUCUUUUCAUUUAAAGUUUUAAAAUGUCAUAUAAACAUUACUCCAAAUGAAUGAUAAUGUUGCUUGCUAACAUAUUUUCCAUAACACCUUUAUAAGGUUCUGUUUUCAGCUUGUUCCACUGCCCCCAUGUGGUCAGGACACUCAGUGAAGGUGCAUACCUUUAGCUGAUUCCAUGUAUACUACCACACAUGGUAAGGUUCUGCUAAAAAAAUUUUUUUUGAUUCAUUUACUGAUUUCAGCGUGACAUGGUGGAGCCAAAAGAGGCCUUGAACACAACCCUUUCUGUUCAGUGAUGUCACUAAUCACCAAGCCGCCAGGGUGUGUUAUAUCACAUGCAAUUAACAUUGUGCUUCUUAGAUGAGGACACAAUGUUACUUCUGUUUAUUAGUAGCUGGAUUUGAUUGGCUAAUGAAAGCCAUAACCUGGUAAUAAACUGGCUAUAAUUAGCUGUGUAGAGGAUGGUCUUUCAUUAUUGAGUUCAUGGCCUCAGUGUAAAUGACUGAAGCUGCUGUGCUGUUUAUGGAUGAGGUAAUAUGUAUUUAUAUGAAGCACAGGAGUCUUCUGAAUAAUACUAAUGCACUAUUAUAGCCCAAUGUGCACAUGUGUGGGUGGACGUUGAAAGUCAUGGAAAAAGAAUACUGAUCUGUUCUUUCACUCAGUGGCAUUAAAUCUGUCUGAGGCAAAUUGACAAGGGUUGUAGAAAUACUAUAUGUCUGAGGGCUCAGUGGUUCUGUUUUUCAUGCCCGUCCAGUCAGGAAACAGUUUCAUGUCACCACUUUGUCAUUUGUGCUUUUCAUAAGAAUGGUUGAGUAAUGAGAUUUGGGGUCGUUGGUGGCCUGGAGAAUUGAACAAUUAUAACUGACAGUGGCCCUUAUAGAGUAGUAAUAGAGUGAGCAUUUGUCUUACAUGGAGAAGAAAUGUGGUCAUAAGAUUUAAUGAGAGCAGUGAGGCAGAAAAAUGAAUCCUGGACAUUUAUUGUACAAUAAACAAACG